AUGGCCCGGUCGUACGGCGGCCGGGUGCUGGCCGCGAUGACCCUGCUGGGCAUCCCCGCGGCCGUGCUGGCGGCGCUGGGAGCGCAGCUGCUGUUCCAGCUGCAGGCGGGCCGCGCGGAGCUGCGGGGACUGCGCGCCGACGGGCUCGGCCCCGAGCUGGGUGCCGGCCCCGGGCUGCCAGAGGACGCGGCCGGGGCGCUGCUGCCGCUGGCCGCCGCGCUCGCCGCGCUCGCGCUGGUGUUGGGCCUCACCUGCCUUCUGCUCGCCGCGCUCUGCGGCCACCUGGGCGCCGAGCUGGCGCGGGGGCCCGGCCCCGGCAGGUCUGACUGGUUUCUCUAUGACUGCCGCCUCCUCAGACACGUGGCCCUUGGCCUUUUCUGCUGUGGGGUCUCUGUCUACUUAGCAGCAUUGUCCAUCUAUGCCCUGCUGCUCUUUGAGAUCGAGACAGGUGCAGCAGCCGCCUCCAUCCUUGGAGUGGGUGCUCUGGUCCUGGUGGCGGCGCUGACCCACACUCUGCUCCGAGCUGCCCGGGCCACCCGCCGCGGUCUCCAUGAACUGUCCCCACCGCACGUUGAAGACGACCCUGUCCACCCUGCUAGAGUCUCCAAGGCCAGCCCCGGGGCUCCACCCCAGCAGGGUACCCACCGCCGGACCCCCUACUCAUCCUUCCCAGAACCUGGGGGCCCCCUUAGACCCACGUUCGCUGCUACAGCACCUGUAGCCAUGGGGGGAGGCCGGGAGACCAGCCUGCCUUUAUCCUACAUGCACCGGACACUGUCGGUUGGCAGGGGGCACUGGGAAGGGGUGACCCACGAGAUGCGCAGCAUGCUAGGCCACCGGCCAGGGGGCUCAGGGAAGGACUCCACACUGGUGUGA